UGGGUACGGGUCACUCGCUGAGGAAAACCAGCCAACCAACUGAAACUCGCCGGCCGCGGCUGAGGCCGCGUCGAAGGCGGCGGAGCCAUGUUUUCCGGAUGGACGGCCUCGGAGGAGUAUCGGGACCACUUCAAGGCCGGCGUGUACGUCUGUGCGGUGUGCGGCAACGAGCUGUUCGAAAGCGGCUCCAAGUUUGCCCACCAGUCGCCAUGGCCCUCGUUCAGUCGAACAGUGCGGCCCGACAGCGUGCGAAAGGUCAGACAGACGCCCGGGGCGCUCAAGGUCUACUGCAGUAAGUGCAACAAUGGCCUGGGCCACGAGUUUCUGGGCGAUGGGCCAGGUGGCAAAUCCCGCUUCUGAAUAUUCUCUGAAAGCAUGAACUUCGUCCCACGGAAGGUAAAAUCCGGUCAGACUGGCACGACAGGAGGUACCAAGCCUGAUCUGAAGGCAGCUGACAAGAGGGAUUCCACGUCUUCUACGGAAUGACCCGGCGAACAGUCCUCUUUAAAGUCCAAAACUAAGGCGAGCGGCAAGGCCAAGCCUGAAGCCUCACCAGAAGCCACAAAAAAGCAAUCCGACAACGCUGCUGCACAGGCCAAGCCUUUAUCCAAAGCUAAGCAAUCCGACGAUGCUGCACAGGCCAAGCCCUGAUCCAUAACCAAGCAAUUCGACGGCUCAGUGAAGACCAAGGACCAAGGAAAGGCCGAAAUGGCAUCAACAGAGCCAAUUUCAGGGCCAUCAGGUCAGAAGCCAAAGCUGCCUAGCAGGUCCAAAUCAGCAACAUGAGGCAAAUAGGUGGACAGACGGAAUUUGCUACUACUCUCCGAUCAGGGGUUGAGCCGCUCCGAUGGCCCGUUCACUUCUCAGCGCAUGAAGCCUGUUUGAAAAAGCCUGACCUGGUCACGAACAGGUGGAAGAGUGGGAAGCCACGGUUCUGCUUAUAAAGUAUUCAAACUGCUGCUA